GGGAAGGUUAGACUAUAUACCCUAUAUCAGCUAUUGUCAUGAGAGGCAAGGUAGAACUCUAAACUUGUAACCACCAUGCCAACAUCUGAACGUCCUCUCCCUCCUCCCAAGUACUUGGAAGAAGAUGAUCUGACCCAAGAAUGCAGGGACUUACUGCCCUUGCUACCUAGAGAAAGGGGGUGGGUUCAUAGGCAUCUCUAUCAAUACCAAGGUUUUUGGCACACAUCUAGGCAGUUGCAAGGUGUACUUGCAUGUCAACGACACUUUGAAGCUCAAGAUACUGAUAUCCUCCUUGUAACAACUCCGAAGUCGGGCACAACUUGGUUGAAGGCAAUAAUGUUCUCUUUGAUGAACAGGACGUGUUACCCCGACACCCAACAACACCCUUUGCUGAAUGACAGUCCUCAUAAUCUGGUGCCAUUCUUGGAAAUCAAUCUCUAUGCUGAAAAAGAUGUCCCUGAUUUGACCUCCUUUGCCCCUCCAAGGCUCUUUUCCACUCAUUUACCAUUUGUAUCUCUGCCCAAAUCAGUGCAGGAUUCAGCAUGCAAGCUUGUCUAUCUGUGUAGGGACCCAAGGGACAUUUUUGUGUCUUUUUGGCACUUCACAAACAAAUUAAGACCCCUGAACCAGGGAAACAAUCAUCUAGAAGAGAUGUUUGACUUGUUUUGUACAGGGGUGAGUUUAUCUGGACCCUUUUGGGAUCAUGCAGUGGGGUAUUGGAAAGAAAGCUUGAAAAAUCCUCGUAGGGUAUUUUUUUUGAAGUAUGAGGAGAUGAAAGAACAACCUGCCUAUCAUUUGAAGAGAAUAGCUCAGUUCUUGGGCUGCCCACUUUCAACAGAAGAAGAGGCAGAAGGGGUAGUGAAUGAAAUCCUUAAAUUGUGCACCUUUGACAAUUUGAGCAAUCUGGAAGUGAAUAUGAAUGGAAAAUUAGCAUCUGGUGAGGCUAAUAGCGCGUUCUUCAGGCGAGGUGAGGUCGGAGACUGGAAGAAUUAUCUGACUGGUGAGAUGGUAGAGCGCUUUGAUAAAAUCAGCAAACAAAAGUUCUCAGACUCUGGAUUAGUAUUAUAGGCCUUGCAAAUGAAAAUGAUGUUAGUAUUAUUUUAUAUCUUGUUGCGUGCAUGAAGUUCUUGUUGUCAAAGGUUUUAUUAUGUGCAUAAAUCUCCCAUCUAUAGCAGGGUCAAGGGGCAAUAAGUGGUAACACCCUCACCCUCACCCUCACCCUAUUUUAGGCAAAUUCUCGGACUCGAAUUAUUGGAUAGAUGAGCACUUGUGAUCGCUCAAAGUCCGCGUCUGGGAUGAAGUUCUUAUGUCUGUGCCUUGUUCUAUGUUGUAAGAAUAAGUCAUUGAGUACUGGAAAUG